AUGUCGACCAGCAAAGCCGAAGGGCGUCGAGAAGACGCAUUGGCCAAACAGCGAAGUCAAAUGCGCGAAGAGUUUGAACGCCAGAAGCAGACAUUGAUCAAUGAGACAGAGAAGGCUCGUCCGUCCUCUAAUCGCUUUGUUGGGCAGAAUGACUCUGUGGAAGAUACCUUGAAGAAGAGUACUGUAGGUCUCGUAAAGCUGGAGGAUUUUCAGCAGAGGAGGAAGGAGUUGGAAGAAGCCAAGGCCCGUGAGGCUGCCAGGACGAAUGAGCUAAAGUAUGUCGUGUUUCCUGCCGAACCAUUUUCCUCGAUCGAGCUCCAUGCGAAUUGCUUACCGGUUGUGGAGAAUGUGUUUAGAGACGAGCAGAAGAAGAUAAAGAAGCGGAAAAAGAUGGCAAAGUCGACGCUCUCAUUCGCUGUAGACGACGAAGAGGGAAAUGACGGAAACAGCUCAAACCCCAAUGACAUCAGCAGUGAAGCGAAACCGGCUAAGCGUGCAAAAUCGCGCAAAAACCCCAAUGUUGACACGUCGUUUUUGCCUGAUCGGGAGCGCGAAGAAGCUGAGCGGCGACAGAGGGAGGAGUUAAGGCAGGAGUGGCUCAGGAAGCAAGACGAAUUGAAGCAAGAAGACAUUGAAAUCACCUAUUCGUACUGGGAUGGAAGUGGACAUCGGAAGAGUGUAAAGUGUAAGAAAGGCGACGACGUUUCCACCUUCCUUGAAAAAUGUCGUCAACAGUUCCCCGAACUCAGAGGUAUCAGCGUUGAUAACCUGAUGUAUGUGAAGGAGGACUUGAUAAUUCCUCACCACUACACUUUUUACGACUUCAUCGUCAACAAGGCGCGGGGCAAAUCUGGACCCUUGUUUAAUUUUGACGUACAUGAUGAUGUGCGGCUUCUUGCUGAUGCCUCAAUUGAGAAGGAUGAGUCGCAUGCGGGCAAGGUAGUGGAGCGAAGCUACUAUCAGCGGAACAAACAUAUAUUUCCAGCCUCUCGGUGGGAGGUAUACGAUCCCGAAAAGAGCUAUGGAAAAUAUACCAUUGCAUAG